AUGGCCGAAAUGAGCCAAACCUGGAAUUUUGCCGCUAUCGGGCGUUUAACCUUGGUUAUCUUCCAGCUGCUCUUCAACACCAGCAUGUUGUCUGUCUUCAUCUUUCACCCGUCGCUGCGCACUUCAUUCACCGUCUACAUCAUGGCGCUUUUAUCCUGCAACAUCUUUUACUCCGCCGGCGAAUAUCCGUUGGAAAUCCUGCGCUUGACGUAUCCGCAAUGGUGGAUGUCGGAACGUGCCUGUGGUUUCUAUUUAUACCAUAUCUGGGUGUUCUGCGCGGUGUCCAUGCACAUGCACGUUCUGAUCACGAUUAACCGGCUCUGGGCGUUGUUCUAUCCCGUCUCCUAUCGCCAGCGCCAUUCCAGUAAAGUCGCGGUGUUGAUGUGUUUGGGCAUGGUCGGUUAUGUCCAUGUUAUCUGUUUCCCGGUGUACAUCAUUGAUCAGCUGUACUACCGGCGCCCAGCGGAUCAGUUUGGAUGCGUGCUGAAUAUCAAAGAGCAGAAUGUUUACGGAACGGUUGCUAACAUCAUGGUUGGGAUGGGUUCGACGAUGCAUUUAAGAGGGUCAACGAUGAAUUUCCGAGGCGACUUUUCCCUCACUUCACAUGGCCAUAAAUCAGGACAUUCGCCUAGUCAUAAGUCCAACAGGAAGCCUAACCACGGCGACCAUCUUCGACCGUUCUUAGUGCUGACCUUGUUAACUGUCAGCGUUUUGGUUUGCUGGACGCCGGAUCAGACGUACUGGACCAUUGCCUGCUUCAUGCAGAUGAUGGACUUGCCGGUGCUGCGAAACUUUACCAUGGUCCUUUUUGCUCUGCAGGCGGUGUUGGAUCCCAUUCUGUUUGCCAUGUCCUUAGCGAGUUUUAGAAACUACUUAUGGCAAAUUUGUCGGUCGUGCUGUUGUUGUUUGGCGGGUGCUGGGCACAAGAAGUGA